UUUUCCUUCACUGUGUCUCACUCAUUCAGCCGCCAGACAUUACUUUUUCUGAAUAUAUUCAUGCAUUGAUUUGCGUGACUUGUUGCAAAAUGCGUGCUGUGUUAUUAACUAUUUUAAUAUUGUUCAAAGAGGUUACUGGAACGUCGUUUUUACAAACGGCUGCACAUGCUGUCAGAGAUUUCAAACUUCCUGCAUUUUCAGAUACAAAUGGUCAUGCUUGUUUUUCUACCGACUCUUGGAUGACCACACCAAGUGGCAAGAAACGAAUGGAUCAAGUCGGAAUUGGGGAUCUAGUCCUGACUGGUAACUUGACCGCAACGUAUUACACUCCAAUUAUAACGUGGAUGCAUCGCGAGCCGGAGAACCGAUAUAAUUUCUACACUAUUAUGACGGAAUAUGGGAAGAUGCUCGCUGUAUCUGCAAAACAUCUUAUCUAUAGAAAUCUUUGUGAUGAAAACUACGCGGAGUACGUCAAAUACCUUCCCAAAGGUCGAAACGUGGUCUACGCUGAAGAGCUUAAAGUUGGAGAUUGUCUAGUUCUUCUUUACAAAGGAAAAUUUCGCCAACAAAGAGUCAUGAGAAUAUCGAUAACCGAAAGAAAGGGAAUUUAUGCCCCAAUAACAAAAAACGGGCGAAUUAUUGUGAAUGAUAUCGUAGCAUCGGUUUUCAGUGGAAUCAAGCACACACGGUUACAAUCCGAUUACUAUUCUACCAUAGCCUAUGCACAGAGCUGGUUAUGGAUAUUUGGAGAAACUGUCUUUCACAAAGCCACAAUCCCAAUCGGUUCAGCAUUAGCUUCAGACGUACUCCGGUUAGUAAUACCAUAACUGAAAAUUUAACUCAAUCAUCUAAUUACAUUCUAUCUUUUAUUACGAGUUUUUUGUUGAUAUUUUAAAAAUUAAAUAAUUAUGUUCAUUGUGUAUGAAUAAUUCGUAUUU